CCAUGGCGGGGCUCGCGGCCGACGUGUGCGCUUUCCUGCGCGAGCACCCGAGUCUGCGGCUGCAGCCCGGCGCCCACAAGGUGAAGUGCGCGCUCACCGGCCACGAGCUGCCCUGCCGCCUGCCCGAGCUCCAGCUCUACACCCGCGGCAAGAAGUACCGGCGGCUGGUCCGCGCCGCCCCGGCCUUCGACUACGCGGAGCUCGAGCCGCACAUCGUGCCCAGCACCAAGAACCCGCACCAGCUGUUCUGCAGGCUCACCCUGCGGCACAUCAACAAGUCCCCAGAGCACGUACUGAGGCACACCCGGGGACGCCGGUACCAGAGAGCUUUGCGGGAAUAUGAAAAGUGUCAGAAGCAGGGUGUGGAGUUCGUGCCCGCCUGCCUCUUGCACAAGAGGAGGAGGAGAGACGACCAGACAGACGGCGCCGGGCCACGUCGUCCGAGAGAGGCCUUCUGGGAACCUGUGUCUAGCGACGACGGCGCAGCCGCGGGGGACAGUGACGACAGCAUGACAGACCUAUACCCACCCGAGCUGUUCACCAGAAAGGACCUGGCAGGGACGGAGCCUGGGGACAGCACCGAGGACUUUCUGACCGAAGAGGAGGGUGAGGAGCCGAGGUGCGCCUCAGGGACGGGCCCCGGGGACGGACAAGAGCCGCCACUGGCCCAGGCGCUGGUCCGCAAGCGGAGGAAGAAGCAGUUGAGCUCAUCGAAGAAGUUUAGGAGUCAUCGUCGUAAAGCUAAGAGCUUCAGCUCUUUUAAACAGUCUGGUUCCUAAACGGCCGCAGACAAAGCGCCUGUCGAGCACCGUCGAGAACUCCUCAGCCACGGGACCCCGCGCUCCUCUUCCAGCUGCCCGCGGUGUGUCCUCUCAGCCCCCGCGGUGCCCCAGGGCCUUCUCCCUCCACUCCACGGGGGCUGGGGUCAGUCCCCCGGGCGUCAGGCGCACGCUCCCCACCCCCAGGGAGCAGCAGGGACCCGAGGGAAGAGCUCGGCCCAGACGUGGCUUCUCAGUGCUCCUCAGCGAAGCCUAGAGGGUCUGUCGAGCUCACUCGGCGUCCAGGGAGAGGCCUGGCCAGGCCCUGCGCCGGCGGGACACCACCAGAGGAUCAGACUGCGUACAACAAAUGCCAUUAUUUAUUUUGAUGUUUCCAAAAAUCAAAACGUUUUCAAACACAACUAAGAUAUAAAAUACAGCAUAAAAUGAGAUCUAUACCUAUUUCCCACAUAAAGCAAAAAAUUUUUCAGAAA